AUGUCCCUGUUUAGAGCAAUUUGUUUGCAACUAUGCAAGCACCUACCAAAUGUUUCCAAACGAUGCAUCAGCACAAAAGACAUACGUAACAUUGGCAUAUUGGCGCAUAUCGAUGCCGGAAAGACAACAACAACUGAACGUAUGCUAUUCUAUUCGGGUAAGACACGGUCAUUGGGCGAGGUUCAUCGAGGAAAUACUGUAACUGAUUAUUUAACACAAGAACGUGAACGUGGUAUAACAAUAUGCAGUUCAGCGGUUACAUUUCAUUGGAAGGAUAAGAAAAUUAAUCUGUUAGACACCCCGGGCCACAUAGACUUCACAAUGGAAGUGGAACAAUCUCUUUAUGCUGUUGAUGGUGUCGUUGUUGUGUUGGACGGCACCGCCGGUGUUGAAGCCCAGACUAUGACGGUAUGGUCACAGGCUGAAAAACAUCGUUUACCCAAAAUUAGUUUUGUCAAUAAAAUGGAUCGUCCCGAUGCAGAUUUCUAUAAAUGCCUAUUGGAUUUGAAGAAUAAAUUAGAUGCUAAGCCAAUAUCUCUGCAAUAUCCUUUAAAGGAUGCCAAGGGAAAUUUGUCUAUUUAUGAUAUAAUUCGUUUGGAGCAUAUCACAUGGAAUGCCCAAAGUUUGGGACGCAUUUAUGAAUCGAAACCGGUGACCGAUGAAAAUGUACUCUUAGAAUUACAAGAUAAACGAAAUGCCUUAAUCGAUCAACUAUCGGGGGUCGAUGAUAACUUAGCCGAUUUUGUCAUUAGCAAUGAUGGUUUUGAUAAGGUCAGCAAUGAUUUAAUAUAUACUGCCCUACGACAAGCCACAUGCCAACAAAAAAUUGUACCUGUUAUGUUGGGAUCAGCAUAUAAAAAUGUUGGUGUCCAGAGUUUAAUGGAUGCUGUCAUCCAAUAUUUACCACAUCCCAAUGAACGUAAUCAAUUAUAUGAUUGUUUUGAAAAUGAUUUUGUAGGUAAAGUUUUUAAAAUUGUACACGACAAGCAAAGAGGUCCUUUGACAUUGGUGAGAAUAUUGCGGGGCGAUCUUAAGCGGAGUAUGCGUUUAACAUCAACUCGGGGACAAUCAGAAGUAGUGGGUAAAAUGUAUGAACCCUUGGCUGAUGAAUAUAGGGAGAUACAAACGGCCCAGGCAGGUGAUGUGGCCUUGUGCUCGGGAUUGAAGCACACUGUAACCGGGGAUUUGCUGGUAACAAGUACAACCUCUUUGAAAAAUGCCCAAAAACGUUUACAAAAAUCUUUAGAUAAGAAAAACGACAACAUAACCCCAACCCUGGAAGAUGACGAUGAAGUACAGGUGGAUCUAAUAAAUGAAAUAUUUUCAUUGGAACCCCAAAUACCAGAUGCUGUAUACUUUUGUUCCAUAGAACCACCCAGUUCGGCCUAUCAAAAUGCAAUGGAAUUGGCAUUAAAACAAUUACAACGAGAAGAUCCAAGUCUGAGAGUAUCCUUUGAUACGGUCACCGGUCAAACUGUAUUGGGUGGUAUGGGUGAACUACAUAUGGAUAUUAUCAAAUCACGCAUCUUGACAGAAUAUAAAAUCGAGGUGGAUUUGGGUCCACUACAAAUUGCUUAUAAAGAAACAAUUGAAAAUCCUGCCAAGACCACUUUCACAUUGGAAAAAGAAAUUGCCGGUUCCAAGCAAAGUGUAACCAUUACAUUGGAAUUGGUUAAAGAUAAGAAGGAGCUGUUCGGUUUAGAUAAAUCUCCAGAAAAUACAAAUAAUUUAUUGGCUAUAAGGCCACGAACUUUGCAAGUUAUACGCAAGGGUUGCAUAUCGGCCUUAGAAAGAGGACCCAAGGUUGGGGGUCAAGUUGUGGAAACUCAAAUACGUUUGCAUAACAUCACCAUAGGCAGGGGCACGGCGGAUUCAUUUAUUAUGGCUGCAGCGGCCCAGUGUAUACAAAAGAUUCUAACCGAAAACGGAACACGUCUACUGGAACCCAUAAUGUCAUUACAAAUCGUUGUACCCAACGAAAGAACAUCAGGCAUCUUAGCAGAUUUGGGUAGAAGGCGAGCCACAAUUAAUGAUGUUAUGCCCAAGGGUGAUAAAAACAAAUUGAUUUUAGUCAAUGCACCAUUAGCCGAAUUGUCGAAUUAUUCAAGUAUAUUACGUACAAUUAGUUCGGGUACAGCAAGCAUGACAAUGCAACCAUAUGGUUUCACUCCCAUGAAUACCAAUGAUGAAGAAUUGGCAAUACGAAGGGCCCAGGGAUUUGAAUAA